AUGGUGGAACACAGCGGUUUGGAUAUAACGUGCUUGAAUAAGUACUGCCACAGCACGUCUUCGUUUAAUUCCGACAAAGAGAAGAAAUUGUUCACCAAAUUAAAAGUCAAUUUGACCGAGAGCUACCCACAGAAGAAUGCCGAAGUGCUCAGCGCGCAGUACGGGACCAAUAUCCUUUUGCUCGGCGUGUCAUUGAUGCUUCCCCUGUCGUACCAUGCCACCGCCGUGCGGGAAGAACAUCUGCUGUCCUUUAUCACCACACUCAUGCUCCUACAGCUCCUUUGGAUGGUAUGUUAUACCAUCAGACGGGAGCGCCACAGGGAUCUGCGGCCAGAGAAGGAUGCUCACGCCGGAACAAGCUGGAUAAGAGGAGGGCUAACAAUGCUUGCGCUCCUCUCGCUAAUCAUGGAUGCUUUCCGCAUCGGCUAUUAUGUGGGAUUUAAAGCGUGCGUAUCCGCAGUGAUGGGAGUCUACCCGGUCAUCCACGCUCUCCACACUAUAUCACAGGUACAUUUCCUCUGGUUCCACAUCAAGGAUGUCAUCAAGAGAUAUGAGACAUUUGAGAGGUUUGGUGUGAUCCAUGCUGUGUUUACUAACCUGUUGCUAUGGUGUUAUGGAGUGAUGACGGAGGCUGAACACUUCUUCAACAAACAUAUGAAACGCCUGUCAGAUCUGGGAUACCAGAAUAUCACCACAGAAAACCUGGGUCCACCCUGUAACUGUACCACCAGUGCCUGUACAGUCUUCUCCACCAGUCUUUACUAUCUCUUCCCCUUCAACAUUGAGUACCACAUCUUUGUUUCUGCCAUGCUCUUCGUCAUGUGGAGGAACAUCGGGCGCACCAUCGAUCACCGUGCUAACCGUAAGAAACCCACAACCCCCACCACUGCCCUAGUGUUUGGUCCCAUCCUGGGAUUGUUGGCUCUUGCAAGCACCAUUGGGGUUUUAGUAGUCUAUAGCAUCCACAUCGAAGAAUCCCUGGAGACAAGAGUUGCUGCCAUCUCCAUGUUCUACUGUUAUGGAGUGGUUAUGCUGGUAGCCAUGUGUGUGGCUGGUGGUAUAGGUUUACUGGUUUACCGGGUUGAAGGUUUGCCCCUGGACACCACCGAGAACCCAUCCAGACAGCUAGAUGCAGAGGUCCUACUUGGAUCUUCAGUGGGAGCGUGGAUUAUGUCCUGGUGUAGCAUAGUGGCGGUGGUGGCGAGUCAGACCAACCCACGCUACCGCUGGACCAGCCUGGCCUACUCACUGCUUCUGAUUCUGGAGAAAUACAUUCAGAACCUCUUCAUUGUGGAAUCACUCUACCGCUGCAGGCUUGAGCCCGGGGAAAGAGACCUCAGGGCACAAACUCCACCAGCCCCAGAGAUCUUCUCUGUGGGAGGCAGCAUGGUACCACCAUACAAUGGCAUAACCAACCAGGCAUUUGAUGGUCAGGAUAGGUGCUGUGGAACAUUGGAGAGUGAACAGAGCGACAGUGGACAAGUGUAUGGUUGUCCACGGAAACACUCAGAAGUGCCCCUCCCAGUGGUGUCAAGCAUCAUGAUCAGAAGAUCCAGCAGGAAGAGAGAGAUACUGAAGAACAUCACUGUCUUUCUCUUCAUGUGCAACAUCUCACUGUGGAUCCUGCCUGCGUUUGGUUGCCGGCCGCAGUUUGAGAAUGGUUUGGAACAGGAGACCUUUGGGUUUACCGUCUGGACCACCGUGCUGAACUUUGCCAUUCCGCUCAACCUUUUCUACCGUAUGCAUUCCAUGGCGUCACUCUUUGAAGUUUUCCGUAAAGUUUGA